AUGGCAGAGCUCAGAAAUCAAGACCUGCUCUCGAACAGAGCACGAGAUAACGUUGAGGGAGAUGACCACUGGGCACCGCUCGUCAACGCAUUGGCCAGUCCAUACAGUCCUACAAAUACGGAUGGCAUCGCCCACUUCACGUACGGCAAUGGACCUCAAGGCUCUCCUCGCCUACGAAAAGCCAUCUCGAACUUCUUCAACAGCCGCUUCGCACCACUAAAACCCACACAACCAGAUGAAUUCAUCAUCACCGCAGGAGUAACGGCAAUGAUCGACCACCUGACAUGGUCAAUCUGCAACGAAGGCGAAGGCAUUCUCCUUCCGCAGCCUCUCUACACUGGCUUCACGAACGAUAUACCCACCCGGUCGAAAGGGAAACUCGUGCCUGUGUCGUUCGCUCGGGAAGACGGUUCAGUCGUUCUCGACGAUGUAUUUGAUCCAGAGGCGAAUCUGAGAUGCUUUGAGCGAGCUUACGCUGAGAGCCAAAGAAAUGGUGCCAAGAUCAAGGGCGUGAUGAUCACGAACCCGCACAAUCCGCUUGGGAAGUGCUAUUCGAAGGAAGCCAUUGUGGCUAUUAUGCGCUUUUGUGCGAAGUAUGGUCUUCAUUACCUGUCGGAUGAGAUUUACGCCAUGAGUGUCUUCAAAAAUGAGCGCUAUCCGGACGCUACGCCAUUCCAGUCGGUGCUUUCAAUUGAUACCGAAGGGAUCAUCAAUCCGGAGCUGGUGCAUGUGCUUUAUGGAGCAGCGAAGGACUUUUGUGCCAAUGGCUUGCGGUUGGGUGCGUUCCACACGCGGAAUGAGGUGCUUCGGAAGGCUGUGUUGAGCAUAACUACGUUCUCGUGGGAAGCGUACAUUGUCCAAGACAUGUGGGCCAGGAUACUGGAAGACACUCCUUUCCUGGACCGUUUCAUUGGGGACAACCAGAAGCAGCUGGCGAGCCACUACGCCCUUCUGACCAAUUUCCUAGAUGACAAUCACAUCCCAUACUUCCAGGGCGGCAAUGCUGCUCUUUUCCUUUGGGUGGAUCUCAGAAGGUGGUUACUGGGGAACAGUGACGCUGAUACGGCCGUUCUCCGAUCGACAAGUCCAGAUGCUGCAAAGUACAAGGCAAAAGAAGACCGACUCAGCAAGCGCUGGUUGGAGAAAGGAGUUAUGAUUGCUAAGGGCUCCAGAUCGCUUAGCGAGGAGAUAGGGUGGUUCCGGAUUGUGUUCACUGCGGAGGAGAAGGCUUUGCGGACGGGACUAAAUAGGUUUCUGGAGGGGCUGCGGGAGUGGUAA